CACACACACGUCUAAGUUGCAUAAAAGGCCCGCUUCAGCUUCAGAAUAUCACUAAAACAACACUUUGAGUGAAACGUUUUAGUGAAUUUAUUUGGUGUCGAGAGAUUUUGUUAUAAAGAAACAGAAAACAUGUCAAGUAAAGUUGGUGUGAGAACUGCCAUGGCUGAUUACUGGAAGGAACACUCAACAUCUGCAUCGCUACAAGAGAUGAUGUUGGACAAUGAUGCAGAGGAGCUUCACAAGGAAGAGAUGCCAGAGAUUCUCUCGUACCUCCCAGAGUUCAGCGGCAAGAGGGUGAUAGAGCUUGGAGCAGGCAUAGGGAGAUUUACAAGUGUUUUUGCUGAGUCAGCUUCAAAUGUUGUAGCUGUGGAUUUCAUACAGGAGUUUAUCAGUAAGAACAAGGCGGCCAACAGUCACUAUGGUAACGUGGAGUUCCAGUGUGCCGAUGUCACACGUCUACAGAGAGACAGCAAGAGUGCUGACAUUGUGUUCUCCAACUGGUUGUUGAUGUACCUGUCGGACACAGAGGUCCAGGACCUGAUGCAGAAGCUGCUUGAGUGGCUGGAUGAGGAUGGCUACCUCUUCAUCAGAGAGUCUUGCUUCCAUGCCUCCGGUAACAAGCCACGUACAAACAAUCCCACUCACUACCGAGAUCCCCAGAUGUAUGAUGCCUUUGCUGCCUCCACUGUUGUCUCCUGUGGGGAGAACCAGUCCUAUGGGUUGGACCUGGUGUUUUCAAAGGCUGUAGCCACAUAUAUUAAACGUAAAAGCAAUGGGAACCAGGUGGUGUGGCUGUGGCAGAAGGUGAAGCGAGACACGUCCACCAACCAGGGCUUCCAGACAUUCCAGGAGUUCCUGGACUCCCAGCAAUAUUCCUUGAAUGGCAUCCUUCGUUAUGAGAAGAUAUUUGGCCGUACAUUUGUCAGUACUGGUGGACUUGCGACUACAAAGCUGUUUGUGGACAUGUUGAACCUGACGGAGGGUGGCUAUGUGCUGGACGUGGGCUGUGGUAUUGGUGGUAGUGCUUUCUACAUGGCCAAGGAGUUUGGGGCAAGGGUUCUGGCAAUGGAUCUGUCAGCCAACAUGAUCAAGUUGGGCAUCCAGAGAGCAGCAGAGGUCGGGAUGGAUCCAGACCAGGUCACCUUUGAGAUUGCUGAUGUCACAAAACGAUCAUACAGCCCCGAGUCCUUCGACAUCAUCUACAGCAGGGACACCAUCCUCCACAUUGCAGACAAACUGGCACUCUUCAAGAGGUUCUACAAAUGGCUGAAACCAGGUGGGAAGAUCUUGAUCUCAGACUACUGCUGCAGCGCCGAUGAGCACUCGGAAAUCUUCAAGGCAUAUGUGAAACAGAGGGGGUACAUCUUGUACAGUCCAGCACAGUAUGGGAAGUUGCUGGAACAGGCUGGCUUUGUUGAUGUACGAGCGGAGGACAAAACAGAUCUGUUCACAAAGGUUCUCAAGACUGAGCUGACCCGCACAGAGCAGAUCAAAGAUGUCUUCGUUAAGGAGUUCAGCCAGAAGGACUAUGAUGACAUUGUGUCUGGCUGGAAGGACAAGCUGUACCGAGUGGGGCUCGGGGACCAGAGAUGGGGACUCUUCUAUGCUGUGAAGCCCUGAAAUACUGUGAAUCUCAAAAUCUGAAUGAUCUCCCUUGGAGAGAGGACACUAUAACUUUUCAUGCAAUUGUGCCGCUGUGAUAAACUUCUUGGUGACUCUGGAAGUAUGCUGUGAUUCCCUUUACCUCGAUGUAGAUGUAUGUUUUAUGUAAUUGUUACUGUAUUUAAUCAGGUUCAGGGUCUGGGUAUUUAUCUCGAAUUGAGAUAGCCAGUGAGUAUGAGGAGAACGGCCAAGCUGCUUGACGGGUCAUGAAAUAGGCGGAAAAGGAAAAUAUGUUUCUCUUUGUUAUUCACAUUAUUGAUUAAGCACCACUCACAUUUUGGAUAUGUUUUUUAUUAAAAAAGACUGGUGUGAUUCAUUGUUUUCUGAAACCAUGACAAAAUAGUCAAACUGACGAACAGAAUACAUGGCACUACCAUCUGUCACACUAUUGAUGAAAGGUGACACUGGUAAAUGGUUAACAUUCAUAAAAGAUCUUCAUUUCAACAUUGCUGAAAGUGUCUUUGGUCAUGUCAGUGCUAUUUUAAUUUGUCUACUCUUUUUUACCUUUUUGGCUUUGUAAACUCUCACAUGGUGGCCUUAAGACUGUUUAUAAAUAGGUGUUCAUUUCAACACUGCUCAAUAAUAUCAACACCAAGCUAACACAAAGAAUCUGACUGCCAGUUUAUAAAUUGAUUGUUAACAACAUAGCAAUUGCCACUGACUGUUCAGGCAGUAUCUGGAGUAUCAACCUACAGAUGAUUAUCAUGUCGUGUCUACUAAUGGCAGUGAUCAGACGUCUGACAUUCAACAAUUGGAUCCUCUGCCCAGUGCCUCAGUCAGUUGUUUCAGGUUUUGACUGUCUACAGCUGUAAUUUGGUUGUAAGGUCAUGCGUGAAGAAUGGAGAUGAUUGUUUAUCACUAUUUUUUGGAAGUGGAUUGUAAACCAGGGACCAGAUCCACAAAACGUUUCUAGCACUAUGCUGUUCGUGAGCCUAUGAUAAAGAAUAGAGUUACGAUAGGUCGUAACUUUACAAACGCUUUGUGGAUCAGAACCCAGUAGGUGUUUAAUUAAUGCUCAAGUGUAAUAUGUCCAUGGUAUAUAGAGGCAUCAAACAAAUGACUGAGACGUGGUUAUAGGGCAAAUGUGCGUUGUCUUGCUGAAAUGUUUAAACUCGGCUGUUUUGUGUUAUGCCAUGGAAGAAGUGUUAUGCUACCCUCAAAGUAUGGCAGGACUGAUCGUGCUUUCCUUGUAUCAAGUCAUGCCAGAUUGGUAUAUUUCAUCUGUUUGCCAUUUCUUGGUAAAAAGUAUCAAUAAAAUACUUUUGUUAUUUGAUGUCCCAUUUUAUAUGAAAUCCAUCAUCAAUGCAACUUACGAUGAUCAAUGCUACAGUUUCUCCUGUAAGUUCACAGUAGCUUUCACCUGUUGUAUUAAAUAUAUACAUCUGUCAUGAAAACUCAUGGGUAUGGGUAUGGGUUUGAUUUGGGUUUGGGUUUGGGUAGUGUUGCACAAAUUGCAUGGGUUUGGGUUUGGGUAGGGUUACAUAUAAUGCUAUUGUUUUCUCUGAAGGGUAAUAAUGUCUUGAAAUAGUUAUGGGUGCUAUAUUAUGUAUAUGACUGACUAACUGAGUUUGGUUUUACGCCGCUUUUAUUUAUGUAUAUGAAGUUUAUGAUAUAUUUUUAUGAGUUAAAUAUAUACUUAACAAUCAAAAGUUAGGGAUAAUACUUAUGUUGGGGAAUAAAUUAUUACAUUAUGUGCUCAGUGUUAUUCCCCAAAUUGUUCAUGAUCCCUAAUAUUUUUCCAGUUUAUAUAUGUUUUAUGUCCAAAAUGCUGUGUAAAAAAGAAAUAUUUUGUUAGAUAUAUGUAUAGAUCUUACAUGAUGGCUACUAUUUGUCAAGUAAUACCUUUUAUCCUAUGUUUUGUAACACAUUUUUUCUCAAGCCCUUAUUAUGAUUAGUUUGACUCCAAGAUUGCCGAUGUAUGGUCACUGCUUCAUCUCGUCCAUAUAUGGCUGAAGUACUGCUGAUGUGAAGUUAGAUCUUAUCUCACUUACUAUGCUUCAUCAGCACAAUCACAAGUGUUAAUUCAGCUGACCAUAAGAUGGUUGGUUUGCAAUCAGCAAUAUGGUAGCGAUCUGUAAAUAAUUGAGUCAGGACCAGGCAAUCCAGUGAUCAACAUCAUGAACAUUCUUCUACGCAGUUGGGAUAUGAUGACAUAUGUCAACCAAGUCAGCAAGCCUGACCACCCGAUCCCGUUGCUAACCUCUUAUGAGAAGCAUGUGUUACUGAAGAUCAAUUCUAACCUGGAUGUUCUCAGGGUUGACCAAAAGAUGAUCCAUGUGGAUAGUAACAUAUUCUGUGUCACAGAUGACAUAUAACCUCACAUAUUUACAUAUGUUACAUAUAUUGUUACAUAUAUUUAUUUUCAUGUAAUACGUAAUAUCUCUUUGAAUGCAAUAAACAUCUUGAAUAUUGAA